AUGAAGAAUUUCUACAAUGACAUCAAUCCAUACAUUGACCUUUGUUCAUCUUUUCAAAAAAAUAAUGGAAUUUGGUUUUCAAAAGAAUUUUAUAAACAUAUAACUGUAGGCAAAGAAAUUAGAAAGAGAAAGUUUGAUAAUUUUUCAUCAGACAAAGUUUUAGUACAACAUUAUCUUCAAUUGGGUAGGAAUCUAGAACGUUUACUUCCAUGUGAUCAAUGUCCUCUAAAUACACAUAAUAAUAAGAAAGACAAUAGAUGCUUGGUGCUAAUGAAAAGAGAUGAAAUCUUACAAAUUCCAGUUAAAAGAAGUAAAGUAUCAACUUCCCAACUACUACCAAAUAAAAAUAAACCAAGAAUCAAAAUGCCACUAUCAGAUAUAGUUAAAACUUAUCGAAUAAUAAAUGAGACAUCUGAUACUAUAAAUAGAAAUAAAAUGGAAAAAGAUAGUCAAGUUUUAUCUUCUCAAUCUGAGGUACCUGAUCAUCAAAGGUUGGACAUGACAAUCAAGGAGAAAUUUCUUAACAAAUGGUUUAUUACAACAGAUGUAAUAAUUAAAAAAUUAUUAAGAGUUGCAGAAGAAAUAUCACAUGUUAAAUCUUAUUCUGUAUAUAUAGAUGAUUCUAAACAAGACUUUCAAGGUUGUAAUAUAAUGGGUCUGGGAUGGAUUAUUCCAACUUCAGAUAUUAUUACAAAAAUAUUGAGGAAUAAAGAGAAAAUAUAUGAUAAUAAUAUAAUACUUUCUGCAGCAGCUCAACAAAUAAUUCAUGAACUUAAAACGAAAAUUUGUCUCAAAAAGGUAGAAGCUCAUGCAGAUAUUGAAUAUAAUGAGAUGGCAGAUCAUUUAGCUCAGGUAUCAAGUAUAGCUCCAUUUAAAGAUCCAAGAAUUAGUAUCAAUAGCCAUUCACUAAAUCAUUUAAAAGUAAUUCCUACAUGGAAUGAUUUGACACUAGAAUUUUCAAUUAAAACAAUGACCAAAAAACUCAGUAGUGAAAUAUGGAAUCAAAAAUGGUUACAACAAAACAGAACUAGAUUGUGGAUUCAUACAAAUAAAGCAAAAAACAUAAACUGGGAACUACCAUGGAAAACUGUUCAUCAAACAAAAAUUUCUUCACUUUUUUCAAGUUUUGAGAAGGCUGCUAUGAGAAAAUUCUCACUCAAAUUAAUUAAUAAUGAACUACCUAGACUAGACAAUCUUCACAAAAGAAAUCCAUUGCUAUAUACUUCAAAUACAUGUAAUUUUUGUCAAAUAGAAAUUAAAAAAUAA